GCAAGCCAGACGUCCGGAGAUCGCUGACUGUUUCUACUUCACCAUGAACCUCCACGUGCAGUCCGACCAAACUGAUAAUCACCUAGAAUUUGAAGUACCGCCUACCGCCAUAUCGCAGGAUUUCCAUUCCCUUUCUUCUCCAAAGACCCAGCGACCGUUUUCUAUUGAUCUCAGUCUUGAACUCGAACGGCAACUGGACAUGGAAUCGCCUCCAGUAACCCCCGCCUACCAUACACAAACUCACGAUACAUGUCCGAAGCGGGAAUCGCUAGACCCACAGGUUCUUGCGCAUAUUGUCAUGCAGCUCCGUCAGUCAUUAGCUGAAAUGACCAAAGAGCGGGAUGAUUUGCUCCAGCUCGUUUCAGGAGCGCACUUGAGGGAGGCAGAGCUAAAGGACACCCUGCAAGCCUUAGCAGCCAAGGCGACAGAGUUGGAAGAGGAGCUCAUGGCUGCGAGACGGCAAAUGAAAGACGAUGAGGAUGCAAUUGCGAUGUUGCGGACUAAGGUGGAAGAGAGCAGACGUGGUCUGAUGCGACUUCAGUCCGAAAAUCAGAACCGCAGACAAAGUGUUGGACCGAUGCCGCUGGACUUGUCUCGUGCAGGUUUCAAUAAUUACAGUACCCCUGGGUCGUCCAAGCGAGCUUCGUUCACGCCUGCUACAGGUUCCCACACGACACGUCCGAACGCUCAUCGGCGCAUUUCAUCAGUAUCUGAUACAUGCAUUGAUGAUCAGUCCUCGCAAACGCUAAUCAUACCCCCCGAACUGUCAGCUAACUCGUCCCGCCGAAUUUCAGGAUUCCAUAAUCGUUCUCCACAAGCCGACAAAGACGCGUUCAAUCUGGAGUUGGAGGCACUGCGGAAAGAACUGCGGGCGGCAAGGGAUGAGCUUGAAGAGACCAAGCACGAGCUCUCGGAGGCUAAUGAAGCCAAGGAAGCGUCUGACACGUGUGUAAACGCGUUGCGAGAAUUUAUUUCCGAAAACAAUGUCGGUACCGUUGACCUUGAUGCUAGGGACGCUGUAAAGCUGCCUCCUUUGCCUGCCACUACAACCGGAGAUGAGAUGGAGGCAAAGAAGGUGACUACUGGAUGGGGAUUCAAGCUGUGGAAGGCCGAUACCUCUGUAAAACCUGCCAGUGGUCCUACUUCAAUCACAACAGCAUCCACAGCUUCACCUGUUAUUGCGUCUUCUCCCCAGUUGAACCCUUCACAGGUACCGCUCACGCGAAAGAUCGGCGGCUUCUUCAGUUCGCGAGGGAGCGUCUCCUCCAACUCGCCCCUUCAAUCAAACGCUGCUGUCGCACAGGUUCCGCAUCGUGAUUCGGUUUACAGCUUCUCGGACGCGUCUUCCAUGAAUGAACCAUUGAGCCCCAUGAGUGAAGAGAGUCCUCAUAAUGACGUGGUAGUACGUUCAUUGUCGGACAUGGGGAGUCAGGGUGGGUCGUUGCCUCCGUUCAGUAACGGAGUUGCAAUGCACGUUGAGAAGGAAGUUUUGGCAUCAUGAUGGAGCGGUUAAUAUAUUUUUACCCUUUAGACCACUUACGACUGUUUAUGAUCAUUAUAUUAGUACCUUGUCCGACCUUUUUUACUGCUACGAUUCGAGUAUGCUUGCAAUAGUUUUGUAUCUCAACAUAAUGGUUGUGCUUGAGCAGUCUUCUAUGCAGCGUCGAGCGUCCUCUUCCAGUGAAACAGCAUUACGUGAUUCUAAAACUUCUUUCCUGUGCUAGAACAUGG